CCAGUGUCCUUUGCGUCCUUUACUUUGACAACUAGCCAAUCGAGGGCAUGACAGCCUGUCACGUGACGGAGAGUGAGUUCCUGCUGUGGCUUGAGGGAAACAGGUCGACAUUUAGCCACUGGAAAAUCGAAGUUGGCGGCCUGUGGAAGCUCCUCCCUGAGCGAUGGCCUCACCAGUCUCAGUCUACAACUCCAACAGUCUGGACCCUCGAAUCCGCACUACGCCCAGAGACUCUCUGAAGAUGGAGUUGUUAGCGGAUGUGUCUCUGCUGCCUGGAGAGGAGAGGAUUAUAGAUAAAGAUGUCAUUUACAUCUGUCCCUUUAAUGGAGCUGUAAAAGGCAAAGUGCUGAUCACCAACUACAGACUUUACUUCAAGAGCUUAGAUGCCGAUGUUCUGGUGUCACUCGACGUUCCGCUGGGGGCCAUCAGCCGAGUGGAGAAGAUGGGCGGGGCUUCAAGCAGAGGAGAAAACUCUUAUGGAUUAGACAUCACCUGCAAGGACAUGAGGAACUUGAGGUUUGCCUUGAAGCAGGAGGGCCACAGCAGAAGAGACCUCUUCGAGAUCCUCUUCAGAUUCGCCUUCCCUCUGUCGCAUGGUCUGUCUUUGUUUGCAUAUUUGAACCAGGAGAAGUUCCCUGAGAACGGCUGGAGCAUCUACAAACCUGUGGAGGAGUUCAGGCGUCAGGGCUUACCUAAUAACAAAUGGCGGAUCACCUUCAUCAAUAAGAACUAUGAUCUGUGCGACACGUACCCCACAGUGCUGGCUGUGCCUUUUAAAAGCGCAGAGGAAGACCUGAAGAGAGUGGCCACCUUCCGCUCCAGAGGUCGCAUCCCGGUUCUGUCGUGGAUUCACCGGGAGAACAAAGCGGUGAUCGUCCGCUGCAGUCAGCCGCUGGUUGGGAUGUCUGGCAAAAGGAACAAAGAUGACGAGCGCUACCUGGACAUGAUCCGAGAGGCCAACGACACCACGAAGCUCACCAUAUACGACGCCCGGCCCAGCGUCAACGCUGUGGCCAACAAGGCCACAGGAGGGGGCUAUGAAGGGGACGAAUACCAAAACGCAGAGCUGGUCUUCCUGGACAUCCAGAACAUCCACGUCAUGAGGGAGUCCCUGAAGAAGCUUAAAGACAUCGUCUACCCCAACGUGGAGGAGUCCCACUGGCUGUCCAGCCUGGAGUCCACACACUGGCUGGAACACAUCAAGCUGGUGCUGUCGGGGGCGAUCCAGGUGGCAGACAAAGUGUCCGGCGGGAACUCGGUGGUGGUGCACUGCAGCGACGGCUGGGAUCGAACGGCUCAGCUGACGUCGCUCGCCAUGCUCAUGCUGGACAGUCACUUCCGCACUCUGAGAGGCUUCCAGGUGCUGAUCGAAAAGGAGUGGAUCAGCUUUGGCCACAAAUUUGCCUCGAGGAUAGGUCACGGUGACAAAAACCACACGGAUCAGGACCGCUCCCCCAUCUUUGUCCAGUUCAUCGACUGUGUGUGGCAGAUGACCAAACAGUUUCCCACAGCCUUUGAGUUCAACGAAAACCUCCUGCUGACCAUCUUGGAUCACCUCUACAGCUGUCGCUUCGGCACCUUCCUCUACAACUGCGAGAGCGUUCGAGAUCAGAACGAGGUGAGGACGAAGACGCUGUCGCUCUGGUCGCUGGUCAACAGCAAGAUGGAGAUUUACCUGAACCCGUUCUACACCCCGGAGUCCGGACGGGUCCUCUACCCUGUUGCCAGCAUGCGCCACCUAGAGCUGUGGGUGACUUACUACAUCCGCUGGAACCCACGAAUCCAACAUCAGCAGCAGAGUCCAGUGGAGCAGCGCUACAGGGAGCUCCUGGCCCUCAGAGACGAGUACUUGAAGAAGCUGGAGCAGCUGCAGAUGUCGGACUCCUCCUCCACCUCCUCCGAUCUGGCCAACAGCACCGCCCCCAACGCCUCCUCCUCCACGCCACCCAAGCAAUACCUUCGCACGCCGCUCUGAGGGGCGGCACGGAAACCAUCAGUUCUCUUCGGCUUGCACUUACGCCCUCUUCACUUUAAUUAACACACAGUUCAGUCAGAUUGUGAAGACCCGACCGUCUAACAAAGAAAGCUAAUCCAGUUUUGAUUGUGGUGAAGACGGGAAUUUAUGCAAUACGUCACAGUACAGCCUUGUCUCAAUAACCCCAAUCCUGAGAGAAACGUCCGGUCCAAGGGCUCCGACACGCCGGACAGCAGCGUUCCCGUCAUUUGACCCGUCUUUUUCUAACUCAGGUGUCCUUAAAACUACCUGCCUUCAGUCUGUCCCACCCACUCCCCCUUUAGAUGGGCCGGCGGCCCUGCAGGCGGCGGAUGUUUCCGGGACGGUGCUGGUGUCUGAUAUGGGCUCUGAAGUCAGACCCUGGAUGAAGGAGGCGGCCCGGCCUGAACCAGCAUCCCUUUAACAGACGCUCCUGAUCUCAAAGCACUUGUGCCUUUUCCUGUGUUCCUCUUUUGACCUUUCGUGACAUCACAUAUGACCUUUAACUUGGAUUUCUUAGGUGUCCCAGAUGACAUAGAAAACCCGUUUGAGGAGUUUCUGCACGCGAUUCAUGAAACCUUUUUAGACGUUUAAUUUAAUGAGAACAUUUACGAGUAAAUGACAUAAGAAAACGCUCCACGGUGACAUCACCUCGGGUUUCCUCUCACAGAACUUCUCCAGCAGCUUCCCGGCUCCGAUCGCGUACUGUACCAACCAGGUGUAAUCAGUCAUUUUUUUAAAGAAGUGCUUCAGGUCAUGUCCAGAACUGUGCCUUGAUUCCUGUGAGGAUCGCCUUCACCUCUGCAGAGACACCCCCCGCCCCCCAAAAUAAAAUAAAAAAACACUUCCACGCUCUGGAUUUGGGAAAGCAGGCUUCCGUCUGUGGCUCAAGGUGCGAGGAUUUCCCAGAAAUCCACCUGCUGACCUGGUGUUGGCAGGAGGAGGGUGUGGUCUCACAGGGGGGAGGGCGGAGCCACAGGACGUGGAGUGGCAGCAGCAUUUGUGUAUGUGUUGGGUUUUUUUAGGGGGGGGAGAAAAGAAACCAUGGAAGUCUGUUUUUGUUUUGUACAAACACCAUGAUGUGGUUACCUCAAUCAAAACCUAUUUUACUGUUGAAAGCUCUAUUGUUGUAAGAUACAGGUAUUUUGUGUAGUGUAAAUCUGACUGUUUUAUAAAAAAGGGAGCUCGUUUGGGUGGAGAAGUGGUCGUUUUUUCCUGGAGUGGACGAGUGUUUUGUUCUUCUGCAGUGGCGAGUAGAACUCACUGCUCCUUUCAUGAUGUAAUAAUGAGGGAGGGGCUUAUACCGCGAGGCAUUAUGUCAUUUAUAGUCUGCUUUGUGAUUAAUACACAUGAGAUGUGUUUGGAUCUUUUGGACUUCAGUGAACCCGAUACAUCAGUAAUGUAUUUGUGGGAAGCUUCCAUCCUGUUUGUUUCAGGCUCCUUUUCUGUAAAUAUUACUGAUUAAAUUAAUUUAAGGAUUUCAAAAA